AGAAAAUAAAUUAAAAAUGUUUAAGGAUAUUUUCCCAACAUUAGGAUUUUGUCCUUUUCAUGCAGCUCUCUAUAUUUUUAAUGCUUUCCUAACAUUUCGGUUUAUUAAAUUUUUGUAUAUACUUUGUCGAAGUGUUUGGGGACACUUUAUUGCAAGGCCUUUAAAUUUGGACCAUUACAGGCAGGCAUGGACAGUAUUUACUGGAUGCACAGAUGGCAUAGGGCGCGCAUACUUGGAAGAACUUGUCUCUACUAAAAAUAUUAAAAAUCUUUAUUUAAUUGGGAGAAAUAAAACGAAACUAGCUGCCUUAACCAAACAUUUUGAGGGAGAAUAUGGUUGCCAGGUUCGAACAGCCGUUUUUGAUUUUGAAAAGGAUCCGUUGGAGGAUUUGCCUGCCGAGUUGAAAAGAAUGAAUGUUGGAAUUCUCGUUAAUAGUGUUGGUAUUGCACCAGAACAGGUUGAUACUGUAGUAGAUCAGCCCGAAGGUUUAUCCUCGAAAAUUUUGAAAGUUAACUUGCUCUCCAUUGUCAAAAUGAUUGAAUUAAUUUUGCCUGGAAUGGUUGAACGUGAUUGUGGGAUUAUAGUUAAUAUAUCUUCUAUAAUGGGUUGGAGACCAUUUCCAUACCUUUCGACUUAUCCUGCAAGUAAAGCAGCAAUAAGUUUCUUCUCUGAUGCACUGGCUGAUGAAUUUAAACACACAAAUAUCAAAAUUCAAUGUUUAAUCCCUUCAUUAGUUUCAACAAAAUUAGCUUCUUAUGAACCUGGAGAUACUGAACUUUUUGUUGUUGAUACUAAUGUUUUUGCAAAACAAGCAGUUAAUAUUAUAGGAAAAUGCAGGCUUAGUACAGGCUGCUUUCAACAUGAUUUACAGAUAGCAUUUGGCAACUUGCUAGGUUUUUGGCUUUUUAAGAAAAUUUAUGUUCCCUUUGGAAUGCUCGGUCACCAUCGCAAACGGAUGGAUGCUUAUAGAAAAAAACAUGAAAAUGGUAAAGCUAUAAUGAAUAAUUGUGAUGAAAUUAACGGAAAAUAA